CUGAUCAAGCCGAGUUCUUCCCGAGGAAACGGGGCCUCGGGGCGAGGCGGUUAAUGAGUAACGCGCGAGGUGCGACCUUCAGCAGACGUUAGUUCAGCUCUGACGGAGUGACUCAAGAGCUCGGACCUCGCCGGAGACCCGAUAGCGCUGUGGACUCGGUUUUUGUUCCGUAUGAGUCGUCUGUGAUGGCUGACGCACACCCUCAGGCCCCCGGGCCCGGCUCCACGGCCAAGCUGGACCAGGUGCAGAGUCAGGUGAACGAGGUCAAAGUCAUCCUGAAAGACAACAUCAGCAAGGUGCUGGAGCGCGGGGAGCGCCUGGACGACCUGAUCGGGAAGACCGAUGACCUGCAGGCGUCUGCGGACUCCUUCCAAAGGACGUCCACGCGGGUGGCCCGGAAAUACUGGUGGAAAAACGUUAAAAUGAUGAUCAUCAUCGGCGUGGUUGUGCUGAUCAUAGUCAUCCUCAUCAUCCUCUUUGCCACUAACGUAAUCUAAAGAGUCCUCUGUGAGCCCCGGGCCUCUUUCACCAAGCAUUGAAAAGCCCCCCCACUGGAGAGAGAGAGAGAGAGAGUCUGGUCAUUUCAAGAGCAAAAU